AUGUUACGAUUUGCAGCCACUAAUGCAUCACGGAAAUAUAUUGGAACAUGUACACUCUGUUUGUUGAUGGUAUGCACACACAAUUCUUUAAGCACUUCGAAUAUCCAAAGUGAUCAAGGGGUGCAUAAUGAAGUGCCAUGCGCAAAGGAUGGGGUUUCCAUUAGCACGGUAGAUCUGGAUGAACUCUCUAAACACAACAGGGAUGGAGAUUGCUGGGUCAGUAUCCACGGACGAGUCUACGAUGUCUCUGAAUUUGUGCAGCAGCAUCCCGGUGGCUCCGACAAGCUACUACGUUUUGCGGGGAAAGACGCCACCCGUGGCUUUCGGCUGCAACAUCCAGAAUCGUAUUUGGAACGGUUCCUCGGUGAUCAGAAGUAUCGGGGGAGGUUAGUGGAUGCCAUUGAGACACGGAGAGUUGCUAGCAAAAAGGGAAUAUCAUUACCAGCAGAGUCCUCCCUUGAACGUUAUCGUGGAGCUAGCGAUGAUGAAAGGGAGUAUUACAAGGCUCUAGUGAGAGAGUAUAUGAGAGAGUACAAGCGCAGACGGAGAGAGAAAGAGUCAAAGUAA